AUGUAAAGACAAGUUUAUAUUAGUCCACAAAGAAUGGUCGUUGAAAAAUUAGAAAAUUAUCCAGCUACUAAUCCAGACCCUAGCUUUGAUUAAUGUAUUCAAGUUAAUAAAUUUGAUCAAUAGCACGAUUUCGAGAAAUUGAAACAGAAUUCAAAGCUUUAGAUAUUGAUUAAAGUGGAUGGUUAUCUUUGGCUGAAAUAGAAUUGCAUCUCAAAAGAAAAGGUUGUGAUCAACAGUUGAUCUAAGAGAUUUUCAAUGAACUCAAUACCAAUUAAGAUUAAAAGAUAUCUAAAGAUGAAUUUACACAUGGUUAUCUUAACAAAGAAUCUAAUCUCAAAGAAGAAAUCAAAUAAAAUGAAAUUAAAAUCAAAAAAUUCAGAAUCCAAUAAGAAGAUAUUAAAUCUAAGUUCACUUAAACUAAUUGUUCUCAAUUUAUACUUACCUUGCAAUCAGGAUGUCUUAGUUCAUUUUAUCAUUCUCAAGAUGAUGUUAUGAAAGCUGCCAAAUAAAUUGAAGUUGUCAUUCAAUGCAAUGAGUCUUAAGAUGGUAUUGAAAGACUCAGUAAACCUAGUCUGAAUUGUGAAUUUCCUGUUUGGGGAGACAUUUUUUAUUAUUCUCUUCAAUAAGUUCUUCAAUAAAUAAAUUUUUCCAUUGAGUUAAUUGAAAUUCACAAAUUAGAAAAACAAUCUAUAGGUAAAAUCCUUAUUCAAAAGGACUUAAAUUUUGAAUUUGAAAAAUUAGAAAAAAUCCUCUUUGAAAAUGUUGGAGAAAUUAUAAUGAAAAUAUAAUAUGUAAAAGAUUGGGUAUUACUUAUUAUCUUAAAUAUUUUAGAAUGAAUAAAUAACAUUUUAAAUUUCCUAUUUUGAAAACUGUAUUAACUAAUAUUUAGAUGAAAUUAAAUAACUAAAGAAAAAAUUGUUUUUCAUGAAAUAGCUCUACAAUAAUAAUUCCUCUAUAAAUUUUAAGAGUCUCAAUUAUAAGGAAUCUUAAUAAUAAUCAAUUUGUUAAUCAUAAUUUUUAUAAUCAGGUUAAAAAAAUGCUCAUUCCUAAUUUCCUUAAAUCCCUAUCUAUUUAACCCAUUAAAUGGUUUAAGAAUAGGCAAAUAAAUAACAAAACAAUUUUUCAAAUAGUAAAAUAUUGAGUUAGAACUAACUAGCAACCAGCGAAUAACAUAAAUCAUAAUAGAAAUUAUUGAUAUAGCCAUUCUCGUAAUAGCAAUAUUUUCCUGCUUAACAAGAUUAAAACACAACUAUCAAUCAUAUAUAACUAAAAUAGACUAAUUCAAUUUAGAUGGAUUAUACAAUUUAGAAUAAUUUUAUUGAUGCCUUUAAUUUCUUUAAUCAUGAGCUAACAGAACCUGAUGAUUUAGGUUUAAAUUUCCAUCAAAUUGCUAAUAAUCAAUAGUUUAAGCUUUUAUUAGCUUUAAUAGGAUUGAUAACAUUAAACAUAGCUUUUUCUAGAUGUGAUUUUUUUGGUUUGAUUUUGGUUUUUUUGACAAUUCCUUAUUAACUAAAAAAAUGGAAUACUCAAUAGGUAAAUUUUCUUUCAAUAGGUAUGGGGAUUUCUAUCAUUAUGGAUAUCUAUUGGUAUAAUUCAUUUUUAUUAAAUAAGGUUAUAUAAAUAUUCUAAUUGCUUUUCUGAAUCUUAUUAAUGUAAUAAUUAAUUUGGUUUUGUUUAACUCAUCUAUAUAUUUUGUCUACUAGCGAUAUUUGGAAAACUCUACGCAAUUUAUAAAAUCCGUUUGUUUUAAUGA